ACAGUCGUUGAUAUUGCUUCGUCGUGUUCCCUGACCACUGGCUGGCUACAGCGUACGACCUCACGCAGUAUCGACAAUGUAUACAUAACCCAGGUCAGCGUGCCAAUAUCCUCUGAUCAACCAGGUUAACGUUACAUAGGACAAAAGAAUUGAGUAUGAAUCUGGUUGUACAACAGUCCCAUUGCAAUUUUGUAAGCAUUUAAUAGGGAUCAAAAUCACCAGCACAACCCCUCCGGAGGCUACAACCUGUACCAGGAAUAACCCGGCCACACAUCUGCAGGCUACUUUAACUGUAAUUUGAAAAAGAGAUUCUGUCCAUCCGUCAUGGCGGAGGCCUUCCAGCAGCGUGUGAUGGGACUGUUUGAGUCGAGCGGUACUGUAAUGGGACUGGCUCUAGGAGGAGACUUGGGACUCUUCAAAGCCAUGGCAGAUCUCAAUCGCCCAUUUACUUCGGAAGAGCUGGCGCGCGCGACGUCCUGUAAAGAAAGAUAUAUCCGCGAAUGGCUAGGCUUCAUGGCGUGCUCAGAUAUCGUGGGAUAUGACACCGAAUCUGAGAAGUUCUUCGUGGAAAAGGAGAAGCUGUCGUGCUUGUCGGGUAUUCUCCCCUUGUCCGUGGGAGUUGUUUCUGUGAUCGGGCAAAGGCAGCCAUUGCUCAGGGAGUGCUUUAAACUAGGGGGUCCAGAUGGUAUUGAUCAAAAUGUUUCCAAUGACUUCGGGAAGUGGCUUGGCAACGUGAGAGGAGGUUCGUUUGAACAGGCUUUAGAGAGCAGAAUUCUGGGGGAGGUACCAAAUAUGAAAGAAAAACUAGAGUCGGGGAUAACAAUGGCUGACGUUGGCUGUGGCACCGGCUUAAUGGCGCUCAUGAUAGCAGAACGCUUCCCCAAUUCCACAGUGUGGGCCUUGGACGUCAGCGAGGAGCUACUGAAUCUCGGCAGACAAGGUGCCAAGAAGAAAAAUCUACAAAACGUUCAUUUUGAAUACGCCGAUGCUCACAACUUUUCAGAAAAAUGGGCGGCAAAGUUGGACUACAUCUUCUGCUAUGAUGUGAUUCAUGACUUACCCUUCCCACGCGUCGCUUUAGAGCAAAUUUACAAGUCUCUUAAAGACGGCGGUGUGUUCAGUAUGUUAGAACCCAAUGUGCACUCUUCUUUGAAAGAUAACCUGGAACAUAGACACUCCGCGGAUACCUACUUUUUCAGCUUGUACUUCUGCCUUCCCCACUCUCUCAGUGUGCCUGGGGGAGAUGGCUGGGGAAGAACCAUGGGCGAAGAAAGAGGUGGACAGUUUGUGAGAGAAGCUGGAUUUAAAGAUUUUAAAGUCUAUCAUGAUGAUAUGAAUCAUUUUGUGUGUUAUAAAUAAGAGUGUACAUAUUAACACGACAGAUUGAGCUGUAAUAGGCUUCCUCUGAAUUACCUCCCUUGUCACGUGACAGUAGUUCUGACCUAAUGCCAGAACAGCUUUUCAGACUUGAAACCACGAGAACUGAGAACUUGUCUGAUGGAAUAGGCCAAUAGGCUUCGUAUGUAAGUUAUAUGACGACAUUGACAACAGUUUUCUAGACAACUGGAUGAAGAAAAGCAUGGCAUUAGCCUCUUGACAGACGAAGAAAAUUCGGCAGAUCAAAAAUGCAGUCGAUAUUUGUCAGCUUUGGCAAAAUAUUCAAUAUCCUCGAAGCUGUCUGUUGUACAUGUGCCAGUAUUUCAUUAGGAAGUAUUUAAAUUUCCUCCGAAUGGCUUUAAAAUUAUAUAACGUUUGUCCUGGGCUUUCCAGAUCAAAUCAGAAAGUAAAAAUCUGCUUUAAAGGUACGUCUUUAACCUGCUAAUCCUUUGAAACUCUGCCUUCGCCACAACCAGGGGGCCCACUAAACCACAGCUUUCUCCUAAAAGCAAGCAACUUGAAUGGGAGAUUGACCCCAAGGGAGGUAAUUCGGUGAGGCUCUGUUGACAAUGUCUAAUGUCAUGCGACACUUCGUGAUAAGAGGAUCGAUUACCUAUAACAGGUUGUUUUAUCGUCCGAUGUUAUUCAUGGUUUUUUUUUAUACUCAUAGCCUGGUUUCAAAUGUUGACUUAAAGAGUAUAGCUCAAGGGACCAGUUUGCAUAUUUCUAGGUCUCUUUGUUUUAGGUUGUUUUAAACUUUUUAUAUCAAGGUUCAUCAGUGUGAUAUAUAUCAAGAUUCCAUUUUGUUAUGAAAGCACUUUUAAUGCUCAAUAAAGUGAGGAAUUUGUAU